UUUGGUAACUCGUUGAUUCAAAAGUACCGUACACUUAAGUCGAUUUCUAAGAGGCCUUACUUAUAGUUGCGCAAUAUCAUUCCAAAGUAGAGAAAAUAAAAUCAGAAGACGCAAAAUUGUGUAUAAUUUUAAAUGAGGACUGUUGAUUUUGUAUUAAAUGUAGAUUGUUCGCAAUAUUCCGUAUGUUAAGUGAUAAUCAAACGAUAGAAAAUGCAAAUAUUGUUAGUAUAUGUGUUAAUAAAAUUUGCCAAAUAGUCGUGUAAACAGCAUAAUUUGCGGGCAAAAUCAGACUGUCGUGACUAGCGACAUAAAAGAAAAUUGUCACCGUUUUUGAAAGUACUUUAAAUGACAAAUGACUUUAAUUUCCAAGGGAAUUUAUUUAUCCUAAAAUCUUAACUCACUAUAUUAUUCCCAAUAAUUUGUAAAUUUGCAGCAGAUUUUAAAUAGAAUAUAUCAAGAAAAUAAUAUAUAUAGUACAUAGAAGUAUAAACAGCCAUCAUGAAAUAUAUUACUACCGAAAAGAGUGGCAAUGGCCAUAAUUUGUUUGCUACGAAUGACGACAUUCAUAAACGGAAUGAUUAUAGCAGAAAUAGUCCAAUAACAUUUGGGGAACAGGUUACAACAGUUACGAGCUUUUUUGAAAGUUGGAAUAAUUGCGAACGAACCGUGGUUAUGUAUGCUCUGCUGAAGCGUCUGAGAUAUCCUAAUUUAAAGUUCUUACAAUACGCUAUUGAUCAUGCUCUAACACAAAGUUUUAGCUCAGAAACUAAUCUGAGUAGCGUUCUCAUCGACAUGAAUGCGAAUAAUCCUUCGUAUUUGAAAAAACUAUUAAACGCCUACAAGACGUUGCAUUUGAACGACGCAGUGGAUGCUCUGACUGCGGGUACAUUAGACAAGGACACCAUGCCAUGUUAUGGUUCUGAUUUUCAAAUUACAAAUUGCGAUGAACGUAAAUUGUACGAAAAGAAGAAGGAUAUAUUGAUUGAGGUUUUAAACAUGCUACCCCUCUUAAAACCUGGAAAUAAUGACGCCAAACUAGUUUAUUUGGCUCUAAUUCCAUCGACAGUGCGAGACACCAUGAAUCAGCGUGUGCCCACAGAAUUGGUUCAGCAAAUAUUUUCGUACAUGCUUAUUCAUCCUGCUAUAAGCAACGAAGAUCGAAGGUCAUUAAAUGUUUGGUUGCGCCACUUGGAGGAUCAUCUUAUGGCUACAGAUAAAUUGGUAGAACCAAAAAAACGAAACACCAGUAGCAUAAAUCAAAGUUUGGGUGUCAGCUCGGAUGCGUCAAUCUCAUCUGUUUCGUCCCUAACUUCGUCAUCCAUUUCCAAUAAUUCCAUGUCAUCUUCUGGCAGUUUUGCUCCAGGACAUGGAAUAUCACCAUUCACAAAGAGUCGAAAUGCUGAUUGGCAAACAAUUGCUCCUCCAAGCAAAAGUCAUAAUAAUGUUCAACAAAACCCUAUUUCACAACCAAAUUCUCUACCUGAUUGGACCAACUUCAUGCGGAAUGACAGCGGAUUUGCUAACAGUGGUAUGAAUAAUUUGAGUGAAAUAAGUUCGAGUAGUAGCGGCAGUAGUUGUACAAAUCGACGCAACAGUAGCAUUACUGAUCAACUCUGUGAUAAUUUCAAUGGUAUUAAUCUAAACGAAUUAGGAUCUAGUCAAAAUAAAUUGGGUUUGUCUUUGAACAUUGCGACAAUAGGUGUUGAUUCACAUGCGGAGGAGUCGUCAUUAGUGAAUGGUGUAGCUGCAGCAGCAGCAGCCACCACAAAUACAAACCCAGUAAUAUCUGGCCUCUUUAGUAACACUAACAACCCAAUUAUAAAUAUUUUGGGUAGCAAUGGUCAUAAUGAGAGCAAUGUUUGCGAGAAUAAUAGCUAUAGUAAUUCCAACAACGACGAACACGAUACAUCGUUUUCAAAAAAUGGCACCGAAAUUAUCGACUUUGAACCGCAUAUAUCUAUAAACGUUGAUGAUCAAUGUAUAAACGAUUCUUCAUCUUCCAUUAAUAAUGAUACAAAUCAAAAGUCGCUACAGCCACAAAUGGCCUACACUUCAAUGCCAAUAAGUAAUAUGAGCAAUUAUGAGCAAACGGAUAUGACUCGCUGGAGUUUAGAUAGCAAGUUGACAGCGCUAAAGACACGCCGAUCUAAUAGUCUUACAACACAAACGUUAUCCACAUCGUCAUCAUCUUCGAACUCCUCCGUAAUUACGGUUAACGACAAUUGUUCAAAUUCAAAUGAAAACUUGGCGCAAUUUGCAAAUAAACCGCGGAGCUUUUCACUUUCCAUAGAACACCAGCGUGGUGGCUUAGCUAACAGUGGUUCCGAUACUCGUCUGGAUGACUUUAAACCAGGUUAUAUAAAAUUUCAAAGCCGAAAUUUGGGCAUGUCAAAUAUUGGAUUGUGGCUGAAAUCUUUGCGCCUACAUAAGUACAUCGAUCUAUUCAAAAAUAUGACAUAUGAAGAUAUGCUCUGUAUCACUGAAGAAUAUUUGCAAGGCUUGGGAGUUACCAAAGGUGCAUCGCACAAAUUAGCAAUAUGUAUUGAAAAAUUGAAAGAACGCACUAAUCACCUGAGUAGAUUGGAAGAGGAUUUGGUAAAUGGUCAAAUAAAACUACAAACUGUAGUGGAGGACCUGGCAAGCAUGGUACUUUCCCCAAUGAAGCCAAUCGAAACUGGUGAUGGCGGCGCAAAUGAAGACAAUGUUGCUCAUAAAUUUUUGAAAGUUUUGGAUAUAGUUGGCUCAAUGGUGCAACGUGAAACUAACGCCCCUCAAGAUGAAGAAAAUAUCAACGUUUUAAUGUGGGUACUAGAUCGUGCCAUACACAGUGAGGCUUUCGUGAACCAUUCUAAUCAACUGAAAGAACUGAAAUUCAAACUUUCAAAAUAUAAAAUAUCAAUUGGUCACAAGGCACACCACGUCAAAAAUGGAAGCUCCGGAAAUUUAAAUAAAUCUAGAUGGAGUGGUAAAUCUCGAAAAUGUGAUAUAAAGAACGGAAGUAAUGACCGCAUUAACCACAGAAAAAAUUCAAAUGAUAUGCUUAACUUCUCUGGUAGUAGCAUAUCACAAAAUCAUCAGCAUCAGCAUCACCACCAUGGCAGCCAGACACAACCGGUCGACUACGGAAAUAUAGGCAGCAGCAACAGUGGAAAUAAUGCUAGCGCACAGCAUCAAUAUAAAAGUUCGUCAUAUCCAAACUUCAUGAACAGCCAACAACACCAGGUCAAGCAACCACAUCAUAAUCAUCAUUCACAAUUAUCGCAACAACAACCAGAUCAAAAUACUAUUUUGCCCCAACAUAGCCACUUUCCAACUUUGCCGCCACAUCAGCAUCAACAGCAGCAACAGCAACAACAGCAACAACAACAUCGAAGAUCUCUCAACAAUUUAAUAUUAGUGUCAGGUGGAGCUCAACAACCCCAAAAAAUGGUCUUUAAACCUGGUCAAGGAAUUGUACCCGCAGGGCCACCAUCAAGCGAUGGUCACUUGCGUCGAACUAGUAUCACUGCAGCCAUUGGCAACCAGAAUACUAUAAAUGCCAAUUUGACUUCAACAUAUAAGACAAGUCUAGCGAAUGUUAACGGGAAGGCCGAUCCUUCACAGCAACCGCAGAGUUUAUCGCAGCAGAGCCAGCAACCACAAAAGACAAUGGCGGCAGUGGUUAUGGUUAGUAGUGAUGAAAUUGGUGUGAGUGGUAUGAUUGGUCCCCAACAACCUCAACAGCCAAAUUUAUUAAACAAUAACACUAGUAUGUUAAAUAAUAACUUAUUAUGCCAACAGCAACAGCAAGAGUUGCAGCUACUUGCCGCAGCCGCAGCCGCAGUUGGCAAUAGCUGUCGAAAUAACAACUUGUUAAAUUGUUUGUGCGAUGUGAAUAGAAAUAGUAGUAAUACUUGUAGUUGUGGUGUAAAAACUGUGAAAAAUUGUAGCAAUAUGUCGACGCCGUUCAAUGAGGUUCACAGCGGUAAACAAAAUGCAUCCUUAGUACCCGCAACAACAAUCCCUUCAUUGUCUAACAUGAAUUUACAAAUAGUGGAUAAAGUGCAUAUGAAAGCUCCAACGUCUAGCUCCGCUACUGUAGCCAUGAACGACAUUAAUAGUUUAGAUCAAUUGGAGACGCUAUGCUUGCAAAUGACCGAGCAAGCUAUCAACUGAACUUGUUAGAUUUUAUUCUAGUUUGUUGAGUACUUCUUUUAAAAAUAUUAUAUUAUAUAUGCAAUCGUAGAUGAAAUUGUGCAUCUAUUAAUAUUGUAUUUGUUGUAUUUCGGUUGAAACUUGAUAUUUGUUGUAGAUAUUUGGAUUAUAGCUUUCAAUUCGGCUCUUACUAACCUGAACGGGGUAGCAUAUAAUUUUGAUUAAUAUUAGCAAAUCGACAAUAUAAGAUAAAAAUUAA